GGAAAAAGCUAGAGGUACCCAUCUCGCACAAUAGCGUUGAAGGGUUGGUACGGCCAGAUGAAUCGGAGUCGAGCGACUACGAGAGUGAAGGUACGUAUGGUGAAUUUGAGUAUGAAAGUGAGGAAGUGGAAGAAGAAGAAGGCUACUAUACCAGGGAGCGGUCAGGAGAAGGGACCACCGAUCAGGAGAGUGUGGCAGAAGAAACCACUGGUCGGGAAGAAGCACCCCCAUCAGAGAUGGAAACCGAAAAAAUGGAGAUCCCUAGUCCUGCUAUAUACUUAACCAUCCUGGAGAAAGUAUCGAUGCCGGAAGAAGAGGAGUUUGUCAUUGGAGAACCAAAAACGGACAUGGACAACCUAACAGAGGAAGAACGAGGAGAAGUAGUGAAACUCUUCAAGACAAAGAAAGAACUAUUCGCAGGAAGUUUGGAGGAGCUUACCCAGACCGAC